GACGUCGUCGCUCAGUCUGUGACGACGCCGACGAGCGAGUCGGUAAAACGCCGAACAUUUUUUUUGUCCACUUUUCACGUUCUUUUGUCACCUUUUCCUCAAAUCCUCACACCGCACGUCGUUUGACUUUUUCUCCUGGGAAGGAGCGACUGAAAAAAAUGUGUUUGCGCGAGUUGCCCUUCCGCAUGGCGUAGCUUUCUCCUCCUUCCGUCCUUCGUCGAUGUCUUCCUUGUCGUUGCGGCCGAACCGCGUUUGAGUUUCGGGACUUGACCGUCCGGACGGCGGCGGCGGCGUCUUCCUCCUCCGAAGAAGGUCGCCUCCUCUGGCGGUGGACAUGUCGGAGCUCGCCACCCGAGCCAGUUAAUGGACAUGUCGGCGCAGUAGAGGACGAGCCCGGAUCGACCGGCACUGAUCUGGACGGAACCCAGCGCGACUCGGUGUGCGGGUCUCUAAUCAAAAUAAAUUGAUUGAUCAAUUCCGACUGACUGACAUUGUCGGGCAACGGCGGAUCCCUGAAGUUGGCAGAACGACCUGCAAGAUGACAUCGAGCACGCCAGAAGACAUGAUUAACCUGCGGCUGAUCCUGGUCAGCGGCAAGACCAAAGAAUUCCUGUUCCCCCCCGACGACUCGGCGGCCGACAUCGCCAAACACGUCUACGACAACUGGCCCAUGGACUGGCAGCAAGAGCAAGUCGGCAGUCCCGACAUCCUGCGCCUCAUCUACCAGGGACGCUUCCUGCACGGCAACGUCACACUCGGAGGCUUGAAGCUUCCUGUGGGCAAGACCACCGUCAUGCACUUAGUGGCCAGGGAGACGCUGCCCGAGCCCAACUCCCAAGGUCAGAGGAACCGGGAGAAGAGCGGCGAGCGCAACUGCUGUGUCAUCCUGUAAGCGGAACCCUCGAACAGCCCCCCCCCCACCGCCCCCCUCCAACUUUGUUUGGUUUGGUUUUCCCCUUCUUUCUCAACACUGUAAAAGCCUUCACCACACGCACGGUGACUCACUGGCUGAGGACCGGUUGCCACGGCGAUGCCAUGCCUUCUUUUUUUCUUUUGGAAUUCAAACAAACGUGGGAAACAUCUCGAGCGGGCCGAGGAGAAGAGGAAGAAGCGGACGAGACGCUGCGCCAAAGCGUACAGGAUGACGUGAAAACGAUGGUGCGCUCGAACUGACGGUGAACGGGUAAGGACGUCCCUUUUGCACAACGGGAGCGCGUGCGAGCCGAGCUCGUUCGUCAACAAACUUUCAGUCGCAGUCAAAGUGGAUGGACGGAGGACGUGAGUCCCAUUUGCAUCCGGCCUCGCUGCCAUGGAUUGAUUGAUUGAUUGAUUGACGGGUUCAUUUUGACGUGCGUUUUAUUUUUAAACAUUUUUUUUGGGGUCGCUGCUAAUCGACAUUGCAAUCAAACGUGUACAGGAAGUCAACAUUUUCAGUUGUGAAUAGCGACACACACGCGUAAACAACAAAUAAAAUAAAGCUUCUUGACGUGU